UUUACAUUCAUAAAUGUUAUUAACUCCGACAAGCCGUGUGCAGCUCGACAAAUAAAAGACCGGUCUAUCAUAUGUGUGUGUAAUACGACAUAUUGCGAUGAAUUCACCAGAGAAAAGCCAGUUAAAGGAAGCUACGUCACCUACACUUCUUCAGAGGCGGGCUCCCGGUUUAAGAAAGGAUACGGAGUAUUUCAUGACUCUGGUUGGAAUCCGAAAUGUUGUUCUGCAUCAUUGGUGGUGAACACUAAGAUGAAGUAUCAAGUAGCUGAGGGUUUCGGUGGCGCGGUCACGGACGCAGCAAGUAUCAAUUGGAAGAGUUUACCCGAAGUCAUGCAGCAAUCUCUUAUCGAUUCAUAUUAUAGCAGUAAAGGUCUGGAAUACAAUAUGAUAAGAGUCCCCAUAGGCGGCUGUGACUUCUCUACACACGCAUACGCAUACAACGAACUACCAGAAAAUGAUAUAGAUCUAUUGAACUUUAACUUGACUUCUGAGGACUUUGAAUUUAAGAUUCCAAUGAUAAGAUCAAUAAACCGAGUGGCAACAGCACCGGUACACAUAGUAGGAACAACUUGGUCCCCGCCGAUCUGGAUGAAGACCAACCACAACAUCUCCGGCUACGGUAGACUUAAGAAAGAGUACUUCCAGACUUACGCCUGGUAUCAUUACAAAUUUAUUGAACAAUACGCAGCUCAGGGUAUAAGUAUUUGGGCGAUAACAACUACAAAUGAGCCAAUCGAUGGUUUCUUUGGUUUGGCUAGAUUUAAUACGCUCGGCUGGUCUAUUGAGGACAUGGCAGAAUGGAUAGUCAAAAAUUUGGGUCCUACGAUACGAAAAUCCAAAUUCAAAGACGUAAAAAUACUUACAUGUGACGAUCAACGAUUCACUAUACCUUUUUGGUUUAAUGUUAUGGUGCGUUCAAAUCCUAAAGCUUUAGAUUACAUAGAUGGUGUUGGUGUACACUUCUAUGCAGAUAAAUUGGUGCCGGCCUCCAUUUUAAAUGUUGUAUCAAAUACUCAUCCCGAUAAAUUUAUACUGGCGACCGAAGCUUGUGAAGGAAGCUUUCCUUGGCAAAAGUUGAAAGUAGACCUCGGGUCAUGGCCACGAGCUGUUACUUACAUAUCAGACAUCUUAGAAGAUUUAAAUCACAAUGUAGUGGGUUGGAUUGAUUGGAACUUGUGCCUGAACACGCAUGGAGGUCCUAAUUGGUCAGAGAACUACGUCGACUCACCUAUCAUAGUAGAUGCAAUCAAAAACGAGUUUUAUAAACAGCCAAUGUUCUACGCGAUGGGUCAUUUUUCUAAAUUUAUCAAGCGUGGUUCCCGAAGAAUCGAAGUGAACGAAAUAAAGCGCUUAUUUUCUUCGUCCGUCAAACAUGUCGGUUUCCUGACACCAGAUGGUACUGUAGUUUUAGUAUUAUUGAACGAAGGUGAAAAAAGAAUAGUCAGCGUGAGAUGUGGUAAGAAGAAAGCUGUUUUAGAAUUGGAAGCGAAAUCUGUUACAACAAUGGAAUUCUACUGCGUUUUAUAAAACAUUACUCUUGGAUUUAGAAUCUUAAGGAAGUACUCAGAGAUGCUUAAAAUUUACUUACUGUU